AACUACACUGCUUACCGAUGCAUUUUGCUCACGGUACCGCGUGAGAUAAGUUAGCUCGGUAUAUAUUGACGUGAUAGUGAUUUAUAAACCGACAGUCGAACGUAUUGUUGAUACAUGCACGCGUUUUGACGUUUAGGUGCCGGUAACGUGCGUUUAUUUAUUUAUUAUUUUUUAAUUUUUUUCGUGGGCCUGAACUGUGCCCCUUGACACACAUUUUUUUUUUGAGGAUAUUAUUGGAUAAUUGUUCGAUUUAAAAGACUGAACCAUGGUAGACAAAAAAAUUGACAGAUAUCCUUCGACGUUUACGAUAGACAAUUUCAGUUCAACAACCACUUUGACACCAAAUGACAUCAAAAUACCAAUUGGAAGAAAGGAAACAUUAAACGAAAAACAAUAUGACCCCUAUGAACACAGGACAUUGGAACACCCGAAUACAUUUUCUGGUGCUCUCAUACACAUCCUCAAAAGUUCGAUGGGUACUGGGAUAUUGGCUAUUCCUAUGGCAUUCAUGUAUGCUGGACUCGUAGUUGGAUUCAUAGGGACUAUGCUGGUUGGAUUUUUGUGUGCACACACUAUACACAUAUUGGUUGUCGCUUCACAAAAAAUGUGCAUAAUGGAGAAGAGACCUUCGAUGGGUUUCUCAGAAACGGCACACGCUGUAUUCAAAUAUGGACCGAAAGCCCUGAGGCCGUGGGCGAAUUUCGCAAGGUUAUUCGUUGAUGUUGGACUGAUUUUAACAUAUUUCUUCGGAAAUGCAGUAUAUGUUGUUUUCAUCGGUGAUUCUCUUUUCCAGAUAAAGAACCACUACUUCCCAGAUCUGGAUAUGGGUUCGCAAACCUUCAUGUUGAUCCUCACAGUCUUUCUCCUCUUCGCCUGCCAAAUAAGGCCCCUCAAGUUCUUGGUGCCAUUCUCAGCUAUAGCAAAUGUCUCCAUGAUGGUCUGUUUCGGCAUCACAGCCUACUACAUGACAGAGGAACUCGGAAGCCCGGACUACAAAGGUAUGCCAUCUUUGGCCAAAGGCAUAUCUGGCCUGCCGAAAUUCAUGGUGACCGUAAUCUUCGCCAUGGAAGGCAUUGGAACCAUCCUACCAGUCGAGAACUCGAUGGUAAAGUCCAAUUUCAUCGGAUGCCCUGGUGUAUUGAAUACUGCUAUGGUUAUCAUUGUAUUCUUGUUUGGGUCAAUUGGUUUCUUUGGAUAUUUAGUUUAUGGCGAAGAUACCAAAGCGAGUGUUACCUACAAUUUGAAAGAUGAAGAUUUGGCACAGGUGGCCAGAGGAUGCAUAAGCCUUGCUGUAUCCUUGACCUUCAUGCUUCAAUUCUACGUACCCAUGGAGAUAUCUUGGAGGUACAUGCAUUCCUACUUCUCCCCAAAGUUCCACAACCUAGUGCAGAUCGUUUGGAGAAUUAUUGCUGUACUCUUCAUAACUGUGAUCGCUAUCAGUGUGCCAGACCUUGGUACCAUUAUAGACCUUGUGGGUGCCGUGUUUUUGGCCACACUUGGACUAUUCGUACCAGCAGUCUUAGACCUGGUGGUGAAUUGGGAAGAUGACUUGGGUAUUUUCAAAUGGAAGUUGUAUAAAAAUGUGCUGGUGAUGGCGAUUUCGAUCUUUGCGUCGAUUUCUGGUGUCUACUUUUCACUCGAUAGUUUAUUCAAGUCCUAGUGAUUACAAUUGCUGCGAGUAUACAUUGUUACUCACCAGUGAAAAUGACAAUAAGUGUAGUGAAAAAAUGUUCAAUAUCUAGUUGGUACUACUAGAUAUUGAAAAAGCCCUUAUAAUAACCAUAUGUUGAAAGAAUUCGAUUAUAUACAUAUGUAGAUACCUACUGAACAUCAUCAAAACUGUUGGUUUGAAAGUUAUGGUCAACUAUGAAAACAAACACAAAAAUGUUUUUUUCAAUCACAUCUUACAAUUCCAUUAUGUAAUUUAUGAUUUUUGGUUGACUAUAACUUCAUCUGUUACCCUGGUAAAAAGAGUAGGAUACUUAAGUCUAUACUAUUUUCAAGUGAUCGAGAAACUCAAGGAGAGUGGAAGAAUCCUGAUAUUCUGUGAUUCAUUGUGUAAUUUUUUUUUAUUUCGGGUAAAAAAAUUGAGUUGUUUUAAGAAUUUCGUUAAUUUUUUAUUUAUUUGAGAUAUUUUAAUGAUUUUCAUUAUUUUAUUCGUAUUUGAAUAAAAUACCCACAAUAUUUUAUAGAAUACACAGACUGCCUCAUCUCUUGCUCCUCUAGAAUACUUUUUCGUAAUAUAUCAUUAAAAUGUAUGUGACUACUUCUGCGGAAGUUUUUACCGAUAUUAUUUCCGAUUUAAGAAUCCGAAUGUGCACAGUGUGUCCACAAAAUGAUCCGGAAUGUUCUCUUCAACGACAUAUAAUUGAAUCAUUAGUAUUUUUUUGUAUAUAGUUGUACUUAACCUCAUUGUAAUUUCACCAUCGUUCAUUUUUUCAUUUCCUUCCAAUUAGAGAUAUUUAUUUAUACAUGAGUAUCAGUUCUUUGAAGCGAGUCUGUGAUCAUCGUUUUUUUUUGUAAAUAGGAAUCAGUUUUUUACGUGAAUUCAAAUUUGUGGAUGUAUGUAGAAGAACUAUAAAAUAAAAGUUGAUAACUAGUGACAA